AUGCAGCGGCGGCAGCACCUCAUCUCGCCCACACCUCGAGGCGCUGAAAGGCGCCGUGGGUGAGCCCGUACCGCUGCCGGCGUGCGGGGUCGAGUCGAGUGACGCAACGCUGGGCCUCCUCAUGCACCGCUGGUCACGUGACCGCGCACGGACGUAGGCGCCUUGCCUCGCCUUGGGGUCCAGCUCCUGCUCUCCACCUCACCUGCUUCCAUCGAGCGUGUCCGCAAGUACGGCUCGCAUCGCUCUCGGACAAGGCGUGCACCGGCAGUCUGGCCUCUGGUGCCCGUAGCGGCAGCCAUGUCGCGCGAAGCCGCAGCUGCCAUCGUCGACAAGCUCACCGUCGGCAGCAAGGUCGUCAUCGCCGCCGAUGCCGAGCUGCGAGGCACCAUCACCAUCGGCAAUGGCUGCGUGCUGCAUCCUCGCGCCUCCAUCGUCGCGCUAGGUGGACCGGUUCAUCUCGGCGCAGACUGCAUCGUGGAGGAGAACGUGCGCAUUGUCAACCGGCGCAGCGAGGCGCUGAUGAUCGGCGAGAGCAACUUGUUCGAGGUCGGCUGCUUCAUCGAGGCAGCAGAGAUUGGCAGUCACAACACCUUCGAGCCUCGCUGUUCCGUCGCGAGCUCGGUGCGCAUCGGCUCUUAUACGUCCGUCGGCGCCACAUGCGUCCUUUCCGCAUCGCCCGUCUUCCCGGACGACGCUGCCGCCAUCCUCGCUGAGGCAGAGCACGGCGACGAGGGCGAAGAGGUGCAGGCGGACGCGCCGAGAGAGGAGAGACUGCCCGAUCACUCGGUCAUCUUCGGCACGGGCGCGCAGCCGCAGCGCAGGCUGUGGAGCGGAGAGGGCGUGCAGCAGCAGGCAGCGCUGCAUGCGAAGCAUCUCGAGUACCUCAGACAAAAUAUCCCGCAGCAGCAUAAGCUGCGAAUGAUCACGUAGAUGCCCCCCCGCUUCUCCGCCAUGCGCCGAGCGGCCCAGCCGCGGCUCGACAGAGGUAAGGUAAUGAGUGCAGCGUACAAGUACAAGUGAAGAUGGGAGGGGCCGCGUGACGAGGGACCGGAUGGGAAGGGCGCGCUAGCCAGCGGCGAGCGACGGCUCUUCGUCUGGCAGUUCAAACGGCGUGCCGUUGUC